AUGAGGCAGAUAAUAUUUGACACUUUCAACACCCCAGUCAUGUACAAGGCCAUUUGGGUGAUGCUGUCUCUGUAUGCUCCUGGGCACACUAUUGGUGUUGUUGUGUACUCUGGUAACAUCGUUCACAUAUACAGUGUCCUUGCACACACCGCCUUGUGUCUGGACCUGGCUGGCAGGUACCUGACAAUCUGCUUCAUCAAGAUCCUGACUGAGUGGGGCUAUAGCCUCACACCACAGCUGAGCCAGAGAUUGGUGGCAGAUAUUAAAGAGAAACUGUAUUAUAUUGCCCUGGAUGUUGAGCAAGAAAUGGCCACUGCUAUAUCCUCCUCCUUGGAGAAGAGCCAUGAGCUGGCUGAUAGGCAGGUAAUCACCAUUGGCCAUGAUCAAUUUCAGUGUCCACAGGUGUUCUCCCAGCCCUGA